CCGUUGAGGAGAUUCGUUGGGACAAAGGGUCCGUCGCUGAUGCUUUUGAUGUCCGUGAUCGCUGGAGAAUUUGGGCAAAUGAAGUUGCCGUCUGGAUUUGCUUAGCGUCUCCGAGAGGUUCUUUUACGGAUACCCUUUUGGCGUUCGUGGGUAGAAAUCACGGGACUUGGAUGUGUUGAGACUGUUGGAAGGAGUGAUUAGCGACGGCUGGUCUUUGAAGAAAUGGAAAAUGGGAAUGAACUGUCUUCGUCCUCGUCUUAUUUGUCGAACGGGUCUACCGAUCACGACGCGUUGGCUCCGGCCAUCAAUCUAGAGUCGGGCUAUAACCCUGAUCUUCUGAGCUUGAGCAAGCUCGCCGAUAGUCUCGACAAGCUACUGGUUGAUGACAAUUACAACUACAGUGACGUGGAAAUAGUGGUCGAGGGCAUCUCUGUGGGAGUCCACAGGUGCUUGUUGGCAGCUCGGAGUCGGUUUUUUCACGAGCUUUUCAAGGAGGGAAAUGGAGAUAAUGCAAGGGAAGGAAAACCGAGGUAUCUCUUGUCGGAGUUGGUAAGCAAUGGUCAUGUUGGAUUUGAGGCUUUUAAUCUUUUGUUGAGUUACAUGUACACGGGAAGGCUCAAGGUAUUUCCAGUGGAGGUGUCGACAUGCAUGGACAGCCGUUGCGAGCAUGACGCGUGCCUCCCUGCUAUUAAGUAUGCCGUGGAGUUGAUGUAUGCCUCGGCCACUUUUCAGAUAACAGAGUUUGUGAUGCUUAUUCAGCGUCGUCUUUUCUACUUUGUCGAGAAGGCCGCGGCGGAAGAUGUCAUCCCCAUACUGGUGGUUGCUUUCGACUUCCAGUUGAACAAUCUUCUCUUAUUCUGCAUCGAAAAAGUUGCAAGAUCUGAUAUGGACAGUAUUGUGUUAGAAAAAAUGCUUCCUCUCGAGAUGUACGCUAAAAUAAAAGUACAACGUAACGGAUUUGGUGAGGCUGCUAAACCAAUGGUAACUGAAGUGGAUCCCUUGCUGGAAAAGAGAAUCAAGCAGAUCCACAGAGCUUUGGACUCUGAUGACGUCGAAUUGGUCAGGCGGCUCCUAAGUGAAUCGAAAGUCACUCUAAAUGAUGCUUUUGCUCUUCACUAUGCCACUGCUUACUGUGAUCCCAAGGUUUUCAAGGAGGUGCUUGGUCUAGGACUUGCCAAUCUUAAGCUCAAGGAUUCUCGAGGAUACACAGUACUUCAUGUGGCUGCGAGGCGAAAGGCGCCGAAUAUUUUAAUACCUCUGCUGAAUAAGGGUGCCUGUGCAAUGGAAAGCACGCCAGAUGGUCAAACAGCUGUUACAAUUUGUCGGAGAUCGACGAGGCCCAAGGAUUAUAACCAGGAGACAAAACAGGGGCAGGAAUCUAACAAAGACCGAAUAUGCAUUGAUGUCCUUGAAAGGGAGAUGCAACGUAUUUCAGAGGCUGGGUACAUGUCUAAUUACAAGUCAGUUUCAACAGAUGCAACACAUGAUGACAUUAUGAGGCUUGAGUACCUGGUUAGCAGAGUGGCAUUUGCAGGGACGUUUUUUCCUGCUGAAGCCAAGCUAGCUAUGGAGAUUGCAGAUGCAGAGUGGACCUCAUUGUAUAAAGGUUUAGCAUCAAAAAGCUUACAUGGGAAUUUCAAGGAGGUUGAUUUGAAUGAAGCCCCUGCUUUCCAUGCUAACGGACUCCAAUUGAAGCUUCAAGCACUGCGUAAAACAGUGGAAAUGGGUCGUCGCUAUUUCCCUCAUUGCUCUGAAGUUCUCGACAACUUUCUGGAUGAGGUUCCCGAUGAUUUCUUCCUUGAAAAAGGCACAGCUGAAGAGAAGAGAAGUAAAAAGAUGCGUUUCAUGGAACUGAAGGAUGAGGUCCAGAAGGCCGUUUGCAAGGACAUGGCCGAGAACAAGAGAUCCGGUCGGUUCCCCGCUUCGUCAUCCUCAUGUUCUCCGAGACAAAGGAACAAGAAAAAGUGAACUUCUCUUGCUGGUACAUCCUCAGAAUUUGCAAGAAUUUGAGUGGAGAGAGAGCAUUCAUUUGGAAGAGCGAAAGUCUUUGCCUGUGUGGAAACGCGAUAACUCCAAACAUACCUCGCAAUACAGUGCUUGCCCUGUAAAUUAUGUAGGAAAUGUCAAUGACUGGAGAAGAGAAAUAGUGAUUCUAGCCAUUGUCCUCAUAUGAACCAAAUUACAUCAGAAAAGGAUGUAGUCCAUGUCCUCCAUGGAUUGGCAUUUCGGAUGUGUUGUUACUUGUAAUAAGAAUUCGUGGGAUGUUCUGUACUAAUAAAUACUUUCAGGUCGAGGUGUAGAUGAAUCAUAUGGAACUUUGAUCA